UGGGAAGAACCAGGGGUGCUCCGGGAGAGAGGACAUGGAAACUGCUGUUGGGGAGUGGGUAUCUGAGGGACUUGCCUCCAUGCAGCCUCCAUGACCCUGCCUCAGAUAUGCAGGAAAUAAGGAUGGAUGGGUGGAUGUGUAGGGGAAUUCUGAAGAUGUGCAUCAUGUCUAUUAUUGAAAGUCUAAAAACGCAGGACAUGAAAAUCCGCAGAGCUCUCUAUGGUGUGUGUAUAUAGAAAAACGGUUCCUGUAGGCUCAUUUGCAAACAUUCAUACAUCAACCUGACGUCAGUGUGUAUCUGAGGAUAUGAGAGGAAACUAUUUUCUCCUCCUGUAACUUCUGGGAAAGUCAGCAGAGGAGAAAAACACCAGAGCGCUCACAGUUUGAUGAGGUAUGUGGCUCUUUUUCCUAAAAGAAAGAAGAGAUAUGAGAUAUGUAUCUGACCGCUGGACUGACUCAGUGAGGAAACCGUUUGACAGCCUGCUGCUAGAUCGAGUCUGCUGCUGAAGGUAAAAACAAAAAAAAAUGUGUAAUCAUCUUUAAAUAUGUGUCAUGUCACUGUUGAAAGUCGCCUUAUAACCCCAGUGCUUUAGAAACACAGAUCCGUCUGCUAGAAGUCUGGAAAUCUGAAACUACUCAGUCCUUUAGUCGGGCGUACCCGCGUGGAGGCUCGUUGAAGAUGCGGGAGCGCGCACAGCUAAAUCUGAUAAAAACAAACAAAUGCUGAAGUUUUGGAGGCUGGGUGGAAAGCAAAAACCUAGCAUAAAAGUCCACCAUUUUAGUUUAGAGGACUAAUAAAGUCAUCAUAGUAGUUCUGGGGUAAGUUGAGCCAGUGGUUCAACGUAAAAAGUAAAGGAGUCUGAUGAGAGGACCAGAGUUUCAGUUCAGAUUGUUGAAAUGUUUUUACUUUUUCUUUUCAAAAAUUCAGCUGUGAAUGUUCUGAAUCACUUAAAAUCAUUCUCAUGUGAAAAGCUGCCCUCUGGAUGCCCUUCCAAUAAGUAUAAUGUAUCAAAGUGCCACACGACUUUUUAACCUAGAAAAUGUCCCCCUGGAUGUCUUUUGAAAAGGACCACUUUUAAGGGUAUUAAAUUAAAAAAAGUGCCCCCUCAAUAUUCUGCCAUUUAUUAUAUCUAAGAAAGUGCCCUAUGACCUCUUUACUAAGAAUUAAAUGUGAAAAAGUGCCUCUAAAUGCCCUUCUAGCAGUAAAGAAACCCCCCAAAGUCUACCUGGAUGUCUCUCCAGUGAUAAGAUUGGAACUUUUAAGUUCAUGUAGCGAUUUGAAUUUAUUAUUAAUGUCUGAAGAUUAAUAAUCUCAAAUUAUGACAUUUAUGCACUUGUUGAAAAGGGCACCACCCACCCUUAAUGGUGGGAAAAUGAAGAAAAAUUAACGUUUAAUUGAGAAAUCAAACAUACAUAGUCAAUUAAUUUAACUCUUAAAAGUUCAUGAAACAGUCUGAAAAGCUGUUGGUCUAAAGAAACUAAAGAAUAAGGAUUUAUAUCCUGUGUCCAGGGACCAGAUAAGAAAACUUUCCUGCAAGGAAUGUGUGAGUCUCACACUCAGGGUUGUCUUGAUUGCUACAUUCAUGAAAUAUGUCUACAUGCAUAGAAAAAACCUAAGUUUUUUGAUGGGUAAAAAAUGAAAGCUAAUCUAUGAUCAAAUAUUUAAUGUUGAUCUAAACAGCUCAAGAAAAUCUGGCUUUGGUGGAUUGGCAGUUGUGACAAGGAGCACAAAUUAAGAUUUUACCUAAGGCAGGUGACAUCAAAAACAUGUUUACGAGGUAAAGAAGGUCUGAGCUGAUGUCAGGGUCAAAUGCAAAAAGGACACCUUACACUGGUUCAGUAAGAAUAAGAUAAACAACAGGUGUAAUCUCAGCAGGAAUGAUUUUGAUUUUACUUCUUUUUUGCAGACAGUGUCCUCCCAUAGCUGUAAAGACCACACCCUCGGCUCAGUGAAACUGGAAAUCUGAUGUGUUUAAGAUGAGGGAGAAACUUGCAUCAGCUGCAGCAGUGCUGGUAAAACACUCUGACACGGGCUUUGAGCACAUUAGCAGCAGUUUGGAACCAUCAUCAAACUUCUCUUUUUCCAUAUUUCUCUCAGUAAAUGCUGGAGCUCCUCCUGCCAAAUUGAGAUGAUGAGUUGUAAUUCUCUCCCUCCUUGUUUUUGAGUCUCAGCAGAGACCAAUACCUUUCUCUUUGUCGUCACAGAUGCUCCUGCUGGUUUCCCUCUGUGGUCAGACUCUCUCGUGUGACCCAAAUGCAUAUUUGGCAAAUGGUGUAUGCUGCCUCAAGUGUCCACCAGGUGAGUCCACCUCAAUGUUUAACAGAAAAGUGAAUUUAGGGCUAAAUUAGCAGAAAAAAGGUUGAAGUUAUGGAAACCGAAAGACUUGCAGCAAGUGCAGAAUGAAAUUCAGUCUCAUUAUAGAUGUUCAUUAAAGAUCCAGGAAUAUAUUUGAGCUUAUGCAAAGAAAUCUGAAUUCUACAAAAAGGAAUGCCACAUAAUAGUGUACAAGCAAGAAGGUCAAGGAAAAUGUAUUAGUUAUAAAACCCAAGAAGAAAUAGGCCAUCACUCAGCUCCUAAUACUGUUCACAAUACUGUCUCUAAACAGAAUUUUUUUUUCACCCUUUAUUUCUUGUUUUUUACAAUUGAAAAUGUAACACUGUACAUACAAAAAUGUGAGAACAAUAUUUGUUGUUCACAUCCUGCUGAAAUUAUUAUAAGGAUGUUGCAAAUCCAGUCUAAUCUUUUCUAGUUUGAGGAGUUGUCGUGUAUCUCUUACCCAAUGUUUGCAAGAAGGCGGGGCAGCCUGUUUCCAAUUAAGUAAAAUUAUUUUUCUUGCUAAGAGGGUGACAAAAGCAAUGCAAUUAGAUUGUUCUCUAGGAAGAUGAUCUUUGAAAUAUCUUGGAUAGGGAAUCAAAUAUAGACCAAUAACCUGAGAGCCUCGGACAAAACCAGAAUGUAUGAGCUAAUGCUGCAAGUGAAAAAUUGCUUCUAUUAUCCAGCAUUAUCCAUUGCUGGAUACAUCUUUGCUAUUCUGGCUUUGGGCAAAUCCAGUCUGUGUGCUACUUUAAAUUGAAGAAGGUUAUGUCAGGCACACAUUGAUGAGGAGUGUAUUUUUGAAAUAUGUCUGCCUGAUUUGUAAUUUGUAAACUUAGAUCAGCCUGCCAUGCUUCUUUCACUUUGUUAAUGAAACAACCUUUUUUCAUGAGCAUGUGCAAAACUUCCCGAUUAAAAAUGAUAAAUUAUUAUAAAUCAAAGCAGGUUCUGGAUUUAAAAGUCUGCCCACCAUUGUAAAAAUCCCUCUGGGGUUAUUUUGGUUUUCUCAAGUAGUCUCUGAGAAGCAGUAGUGUUAUAAGUGGACUUCUUCUGACCAAACUUGAAUUUUCCAGGCUUUCCAGCCUACAGAUAUCCCCCUCCCCUGAUUAGAAGCAACUAUUACUUCACAUUUCCUGCCAGCCGUCAGAGGAAACUUCUGGAACAUUCACUUCAGAAAUAAUGUGCAUAUUUCAAGGAAAUAAGCUGAGAUAUAUUUUGAACAUGGACAUUUUACAUUAUUGUCUUAGAGCAGAUGUAACUAUUCAAUUGGCCUGAACACAGUCAUGAGUAAUUUGUAAGAUCUCUGGCUAACUUUAGCCUGAGAAGAAAGCAAGCAUUAUUGGCUGGUUACUGCAGCUCUUACGUAAGCAUAUCCCACCUCUUUGUCCUCAUUUAGCUCCUCACAGUCCCUGAAAAAAAUGCAGCUAGUGUAAUAUGAGACUGUACUGCAAAUGUCUAACUCCUACUCCAGACAUCUAGGUUUUUUUAACAUUACAAAUCUUUUUACCCAUUUGUUUGGUCUUCUAGAACAACUUUUUACCAGAUUUGCUGUUCCUCAAAAACAACUUUUUACCGGUUUAGUUAUCCGGUAAAAGUUAUUACGUGAUAAAAACUUUCACCACACACAACUCAGGGCCUCACCCAGAUUUAAACCUACAGUAAGCUAUAGAGACACAGUGACUCCCACAGUCAGUGCAGAGAAUUACAGUUUGACCAUUGUACAGGAAGAAAACUUGCAUGGCUUUUUGUUAUGUUUGUGCUGAAGUACACUGACAUAUAAAUCAAAAGUACAAAUAUAUGUACUUCUUGUUUUUGUUUUGAGCAGGACAUCGAGUUUUAUCAGACUGUGACUUAGUCACAAGACGGCGCUGUGUGCCCUGCCUUAACGGAGCCUUUAUGGACCAGCUGAAUGGCUUUUCAAGGUGCAACCUCUGCAAGAGCUGUGACCCAGGUACAUUUCUAUAAAAAAAGUAUAUAUAUAUAAAAUAGAAGCUUUUCUGAAAGACUUAAUCAAGUAAGAUCAGAAUAAGCCUGUCAUAGUUUAAGAAAGACCUCAACCACCUUGAAACACCUCAGUGAGUUAGUCUUAGUCACUGUAACCACAAAUGACCCACCAGAGAAUCAGCAUCAUUUCCCAAAUGAUAAAAUGUCAUUUGGCAGAUGUCUCAUUAACCUAUUUCUAGCCUUUCUGUGUGUCCACAGCCUCUGGUCUCAGAGUGAAAUCAUUUUGUACAAGAGUAUCCAACACAUUCUGUGAGCCAUUGAAGACGUUUGUCUGUACGAAGGCUGUAGGGGACGACUGUGUAACAGCAGAGAGGCGUGGACCCUGCAGACCAGGACAAUACAUCAAACAGAAAGGUUGGUUUUUAAUGCACAAGUGUCACAUUUAUUAGGCCCUGAUCUGUCAGUAAAAGACGGUUCCUCUUGCAUUAUUAUCAACUUAAGUUCAAUGCCACAACCAUCAGGUGGACUGUCACAUUAAAACAUAUUUAAACUGGUUAAAAUAUUAGCCAUUGAAACAUCAUUUCACAUUUACUGGAAAUGUUUGAAUGUAUAUAGUCUGUGUUUGUGUGCAGCAACAGGCUUUGACUGCUCUCCCUGCCCUGCUGGAACAUUUUCAGACGGGUCGUUUUCAGCCUGUCGUCUACAUACACGGUAAGGGAAGUUUCACAUCAGACUUGGACACAUCUGGAUUUACUUUAUGUUCAAGUUCUGCUAUAGCUGUCAAAUUUAUCUGGUGCUUUUUUGAUUCUGCAUGCUUGAAAUGAUCUAGUAUCCUUCAUUGUCAUUGGUUUUGUAAAAGAACUUUUAAAAAUGGCUCCAAAGCACCCCCUCCAGUUUUCAAUUUUGAAACAUCCAGCCCCACCUUACAUGUGUGAUUUUCGCUGGGUGUAUUUAUCCUCUUGCACCCAGACUCGGAACCAAACAGGAUGUCCAUCAUUUUGAUUUGAACUCUUGGUCUCCCAGUUUUCAGGGUGCAUACUUUGACAAACUUGUUCUAAAGCUAUCGUACAAUCAAGAAUGCUUGAAAAGAGUCAGUUCUUCUCAUACUAUCUAAAUAUCUCUGUCAUUGCAGAUGUAUACGAUUAAAUUUACCGCUGCUGAGGCGAGGAACUAAUUCAUCUGAUGCCUUUUGUGGAGAUCCACCACAAAAACGAAGAGACUGGACUCAUGCACUCAUCUGGGGAGUUGUUAGCAUUGUUGUGGCUCUUAUAUCUGCAGUGUCAGGUUAUCUGAUUUACAGGAACAGAGGAUUUGGUUCCUAUGGUGAGUCUGCUGCAGGUAAGAUUUUACAGUCAGACAUUACAAAUGUUCACGUAUUUAACAUAUUAUAUUAACCAGCUUCCUUACAGCUUUGGUAGAAAGUUGACUCUGAUUGGUCAGAAGCACUAAGCGAUGGUUUUAAGCUGAGGAAAAGCAAUAUGGUGAAUAGAGGUACAUUACAUUUAACGAAUGGUGUAUGAUUAAAUCUGUUCGUGCUGAUAUAUUAUAAAAAUAAAUUGAUUAUAAAUCUAUAAAAUCCCCUUUAGAUCAGCCCUUAGCGUGAGCUUUUUUGUAUAUUUAUUCGGUAGUUGAGUAAUAAGCAGGGUAAUGUAUUGUGGUCCAGUGGAUAAGAUCCCUCUGUUUUAUGUCACAUUACCUGCCGACUAUAAAUUAUUCCUCACACGGUGUUUGUGACAUGAUAAAGUUGUUAAUUCAGGUUGUUUUUUUUUCUCUUAGGAAACACUCUUGAGCUGGUAUGCUUUUUAUUCUCAUUAUCAUUUAUCUAGUAGACAGUGUGUGCAUUUGUUAGUGACUAUAGUCUCAUAACAACUUCUCCUUCUCUUUCUCUCAUAGCAAAGACAAAACUGAUGUGUUUUCAGAUGAAACAGGUGUAGCAGGUGAGAGAGCUGAGCUUUUUUUUUCAAUGACCCCUGACUGACUGACUGAGAUCGACUCUGUGACGUCUUAAUCAAUAUCAGCCUGUUUUGACUAAACCUCUGGUCUCCUCAGAAUGAAGCAGUCCAGUCAUGAUCAGCCUGCAUCAGACAUCACAUGAAGUACAAAGUAUUUUUUGCUCAUUUUUUAUGAGAAAAUUAAAUGCACAGACUUUCCACAUUGCUCAUCGAUGUGCUUGGUAACUGUAACAAACACUGUUUGUGACUGCAACCUUAUUUGCAUCAGUGCAAAGAUUACCUUCAUUAUAAAAACCUCUGCAGGCUUCCCAGAACCUGUGCUGACUGUAAUAUUAUGUGCUACCUGUACAUAAGCACUCUGUAUGAAUGUUUUCAAAGUUACAAAACCAUCCUUUUCAUAUCUGUUAUGUUACUGGGUGCAUUUCCAUGGACACAACUUUUUAUUUCCUGUUUGGUUGUUUCUCAACAAGUUUCUUGCAUCAGAUUUUAAAAAGAGGGCUUUUAUCAUUUGUAUCAAACGAUAAAUUUGCACAUUUAUA